GUUGAUCUCACCUCGUUGACCUUCUCAUUUCUUUCUCUUCCGAUUCUCUUUUUGCCCCCUUUCCUUCUUCAGACUCUCUCGCCCGCCUGUCGGCUCGUGGACGUUGGCGCCGCGUCCUGCCAUGUUUGUUCUUCGCUGCUCACGAUUGUUUCACAUUCCCCACGUAGUUUCUCUUUUCCAGUGACUCGCGAGUUUUCCCGGGGCUUUUUCGUGGCCUUCCUCUUCCAGAUAUCACACGGGUUCCGCUGAACACCUGCGAAAACAGCGAACUGCGUUUCACGUCUCUUUCUCUCCUGGGCCUGGCUGACCGCUUCUGGGGGAUUCUCUGCCCUUGAUUUCGUGUUUCUCUCGUCUCUCUCUUCUCAUCCCCUUCCUUGCGCCCUUCUUGUUGCUCGUUUCGGCUCUCUUUGUCGCCUCAAUCUUUGCUGUCCUUGCUUCCGUUCUCUCACCGACCCGUCGUUGAUUGCCUCCACUUGAAGCUUCCCUCUCUCUGAGAUUUUUUCCCUGUGCUUCCCUCGCGAGACUCACCGUCUCGAGUCUCUUCUCUUCUGUUGCAGAGCGGAUUUCUUUCUUCCACACCAUGUCCCUCGUACCCACGAGUCGGGCGGCGCUUCGUCCUCCUCUGCCCUUUGUUCGCAAAUCUGUGUUUUCUCCAAGUUCCACCGCCUCCUGCUUGGUCCAUUCUUUUCAGACAAAAAAGGAGGGUAGUUGCUCUGGCGACGCUCCGUGGUUUCCGCGUAACUGCUCCUCUCCAAGGAAGAGUCCAAACUCUCACUGUUCGCCUGCCGCGCUGCGUGAGUCUUGGUCGUCGCGGACUCCUGCCCUUUCCUACGGGCAGGGAAAGGCAGCUUUUUCGACUUCCAGGGAUGUGUCGAGCUCGAGAGACCUCCACAUUCUCUCUUCUGCUUCCUCAGACAUCGUCGAAAACCUCGCAGCAGAAUGCUUUCUCGCUGACGUCCUUGGGCGGGGUCGAGGCCUGGUGACCUCCGUCGGUGGGAGCGGCACGAAGAGGGACGAGGCGCAAACUCAGAGGGCAGGGUUUCGUGCGCCGCUCCUCUUUCUGUGGAGAAAUGACAAAACCAUCGUCAUCGGGCGACACCAGAAUGCCUGGAGUGAAUGCAACAUUCAAAAAAUGGAGGAAAAUGGUGUGAAGCUCGCUCGACGCUACACAGGAGGCGGCGCUGUGUACCAGGACCUGGGGAACACAUGCUUCACUUUCCUGGACCCUCUGGCGAUGCACAACAAGGAGCGAAACAACAGAAUUAUUUUGAGGGCACUGGAGAAGGCCUUCGGCAUUGCAGGUGCAGCGAGCGGGAGAAACGACUUGGUGGCUGCCGAUGGCCGCAAGUUUUCAGGCGCGGCGUACUCGAAGUUGCCACACGGCUGGCUGCACCACGGCACGGUGAUGCGGGAGGUGGACUGUGAGGCUUUGGGGAGAUACCUGACGCCGAGCAAGGAGAAGCUGGAGAGCAAAAGCGUGAAGAGCGUUGCAGCGCGCGUGGUGAAUUUGAAGACUCUGCAUGCAGGAAUUACGCAUGAAAACCUGUGCAGCGCCAUCGUCGAUUCGUUUGUCGAGGAGUACGGGUCGGCGGCGGCGGAGGAUGUCGUCCGCGGAAUGGAGCCUGUAGAGAAACUCCGAAUUGAGGGAACCGAGUCGUGCAUGCGCGACCACCCGGUCUUCAGAAAUCACGUUGAGACCCUCUCCAACUGGGAGUGGCGAUACGGGCACAGUCCUGCCUUUGAGCGCGCCCUCUCUCGUCGCUUUCCCUGGGGAACUUUUGAUGUUCAUGUCAAUGUCUCCCAAGGAUCCGUGACAGAUGUGAAAGUCUUCUCGGAUUGUCUCUUCCCUGAUCUCGUGGACGCCUUCACUGAGGCCAUUCGGGGCUGUCGAUUCACGGAGUCGGAAUUGAAGCGCGCCAUCCUCGCCAUCAAACUGGAGAAGGUCUCUCCAGAACUCGACAGUCACCUGAGGGAGUUCGCAGACUGGCUGUCGACGGCGACUCAGGAGUGA